AUGAAGUUUGCUGUCGGUCUUAUUCUCGCAGCUGUCGCCGUCACCACUACCCACGCUGGAAACCACUUCAUGAUGAACGACUCGUCCAUUGCGUCUGCGUCCGGGUCAGACGACAUCAGUACGUCGUGCAACUUUGCUUGUUUUCACGUGAUGAGGCCUGUGAAGGACGAAAACGGAGUGAUGUACCCGAAUGAGUGCGAGAUGCGCCGGGCCAGGUGCAGGAAAAAUGAGCAAAACGUUGACGUCCAAGGUGAGCAAGAGCGAAUCUAG